AGUUUCCUUUGGCGUGCAUCGUCCAACCACAGCAAAACAAGAGGAGGAGAAGAAGAAGAAGAAGACGAGGUCAAAGAAGAGGACGAAGAAGAAGAAGAUAUGCUGAGUCAGACGGAGAGAAUGUGCUCCGCUCUGAUUGGUUGAAUCAGAGCCUGUAAACACAGUCGAGGUCAUUCACUCUGUGCAUCUGUGACCUUUGACCUCUGCAGUUUGUACAUAUAAAGGUUAAUAUUCAGCAGGUUCAACGUGUACAUAGAUUAUACAUCAUACAGUGUUCACAUGUUCUGAUCAAUGGCUGCAGAAUCUGACUUCAGCUGCGAUCAGAAAGGUUCUGGAUCCACCGGACCAGAACUGACAAACUCAGCUUGGACCACCAGAGUAGUGAACUGGGUUAAUACCCGGUGGGGGGGCCGUGUGUUGGUGCUCCUCCUCCGGGCUGUGGAUCAGCUGUGAGCGGCUCUGACAGGAGGAGGAGGAGUGUCGGUGCAGCAUCUCCUCUCAGUAAACACUCCGCAACCCGACGGUAACGGUCUGUAACGGUCGGUAACGGUCGGUAACGGUCUGUAACUGUCGGCGGUAACGGUCUGUGACAUGAUGAAGAUGAAGCUGCUUCUUGAGCUCGGCGUCUCUGAAAACAGCGGCGUCCACUAUUCCAUUUGCUGGAUGUCUGAAAAAAACGUAGCUUCAACACACCCUGAUGACAGACUGACUGCAGACAGAUCACGUUACUUCUCAUGGAGGAUGGACAGGCAGCAUUAAGCUAGCUUCUAGUGGACACGAGGUCUGAGGUGAAACAAGGGAUCAUGGGAGAUGGAGGACCCCUGCAGACCGAGGGGAAUGCUCUCCUCAAAGCAGUCUUCCAGGGGAAGCUGAGGCUGACCCGGCUGUUGUUGGAAGGUGGAGCUUACAUCAAUGAGGGCAACGAGCGCGGGGAAACUCCAAUUUCUGCCGCCUGCUUAGCGACCUACGAUGACCCGCAAACCCGGCAGAGGAUGGUCAGGUACCUGCUGGAGAAAGGUGCAGAUCCAAACAUUCCAGACAAAAGUGGGAGGACGGCGCUGAUGCACGCCUGUGCCGAGCAGGCUGGAAAGGAGGUGGUCUCUUUCCUGCUGGAGAAUGGAGCUGAUCCCAGCCUCAAAGACUACUCCGGCUCCUCCGCCCUUGUCCACGCAAUCAACAAGGGAGACCGCGACACUCUGCAGGUGCUGCUUGAUGCCUGUAAGGCUAAAGGCAAGGAGGUGAUCAUCAUCACCACAGACACGUCUCCGUCAGGUACCAAGAAGACCAAGCAGUAUCUCAACUCCCCCCCCUCACCAGGUAUCGUGGACAAACUUUCCCCAGCCUGCAUGUCUCCCUCUGAGGUGGAGAUUGGCACCUCCUCACCAGCAGGAGACAAGAGCAAAGACGAGGAGGGCAUCUUCAGCUUUGCUCUCACCUCUGCUUUACCUUUACCUUCAGCUCGACCUCCAGGAGAAAAGAGACCUCCACCACGCAAACUGCUGAAGAGGUUAAACUCGGAGCCCUGGGGCCUGGUGGCACCAUCAGUGCUGAGCGGGGUUCCUCAGGAGAGGGUUGACGGAGGUCUUGAGGAGGAGGGCAGCUGCGACCUCAGCAGGACGAUCGCUGAGAUUAAUGGUCUGUCCAUCACAGAUCAGGUCAGACCUCUGUUGUCACGGCGACACAGCAUUGAGACUCACGACCCCUGUUCCCCAAAACUCAUUGACCGGUCCUGCUCUGAAGACUGUGCAGCUCUUUCUGGUUCAUCCUGGGCUGAUAAAGUCCAACAGCACCAGAUCCUGUACCGCAGGAACACUGCCCCAGAGUCCCAGGAGAACGCCGGUGGACCUGGGGCAGUUGUGGCCCGGGCCCUGGCUCACCCCAAACUGACCCGGAUGGAGCACUACGAGUCAGAUACCCACCUUUGCCCAGAGUCCAUCCCUGGAUCUCCAGACUCUGGUCGGGUUUCUGUUGAGCGGCGGAGGUACAAUGCCUCACCCCUCUCCCUGGUCACCAGCUCCUCCAGGGAGUCUCUGGAAAAUAUCUCCAACUCGGUUUCCCCCAUCACCAUGCGCAGACGUCCACCUGGACUCCUGGAACGCAGAGGCUCCGGGACCCUCCUGCUGGACCACAUCUCCCACACCAGACCUGGCUUCCUGCCUCCACUCAACAUCAACCCCCAGAGACCCAUCCCUGAUAUCCGGGCCAAUGGCAAGCCCACAUCCCCCAUCCACUCUGGGCACAAGAUUCUGGUCCCUGUGGCCCCGGCCUCGCCCAAACGGGGCCCCGACUUUAAGAUGAAGAAGAAGCUGAUGAGGAGACACUCGAUGCAGACAGAGCAGAUGAAGCAGCUCUCCACCUUCCAGGAGAUCUUGGCCGAGAAGGUCAUUGAGUCCAACGGGGAUUGAUGACGGGAGGUGUUGGAGCAGGGCAUGAUGGGUAGCUGCAGAGACUUUAAGGGUGAUCAUUUACUGUGACGCUCAGAUCAUCACGUCAGUGAUCUGUGACAUUUAACACCAUGAUCUGGAGGGCUGCACCAACAAGGACUUUUUAAACUACAACCUGAGGGUCAGUUCAUCAAAUUAAUGUAAAUAUACAAAAAAAAAUCUUUCUUUCAGCAUCAAAACUAUACUGUAACACAAACAUCACUUAAGUCUUCAGUCCAGAGGCACCAUCAGAUCCUCCACAUAACUUUAUGUUCAGGUCCAAAAUAGACCCAUCACAGCACGUGCAGCAUUAAUCUGUUUUGAGUUGAGAUGAUAGUUUUUGUGGGUGCAGCUCUCCUCUUUCUCCUCUGCUGGACCUCUGAACCUCAAUCGUUCUUUCCCUUCAGUCACAAACUGAUGAACAUUGUUUGAUGUUUACAGAUGCAUAAUUUGCACUGACUUUUUGUUACAGCGACAGAUGAAAAUGUGAAGUUUACCUGAUGAAACUGGUCUGAAAACAAACUGUCGUAUUUAUUUGAAUCAUUUAUGAGCUCCUGUUCUGACUGAAGACAUCAAACUACCUACUGCGCUGUAUGUUCUGUAAUUAUCUGCACACUCGUCAAUAAUAUUUCUGUCAAAGGUCUCUGAAUGAAUCGUCUUUUUUUACAGCGAUGUUUGAAAAUGUGACCUUUUGAUCAGUUUGUGUUGAGAUGAAGUCAAAUGAAACGUGAUUUUCUUGUUCAUGAAAUUCCAAAGAAGUCAUGUGGACGAUUUGAACCAAAACCUGCUGAGACUGUAAAUACUGUAAAGAAGAGCCUGGACUGAAGCACUUCAUCUGAUCGGACACGAGAGGCCACCUGUGUCCAGAGAAGGGCCCACGAUGGGGUUAGCCUAGCUCAACACAAAGACACUUACAGGAAGUGCUGCAGUGAAAGUUUCUGGAUGAUGAAGUGAUGUUUAAUUAGCUGAAUUAGUUUAGCUCAGCGGUUCACAGUAUCUUCAAGUCUCUUCAGUUCUCUGUCCAAUCAAAGUUCACCUGCCAGGAUGGUUUGUGAAUUCAUGUGUCAGAUCACCAAAGUAGAACUUGAAGAUUGAUGAAUUGACUUAAUUGACUUAUCUUUAUGCUCAGCUAGGCUAACAGUUCCACCCAACUCCAGUCUUUUCACUACGCUAGGCUAAAGCUGGACAUGUGUUUAGGUAACCCUGGACAAGAUUUACAGAAACGUUAAAUUUUGAUUGAAGCAAAUGUCUGAUUGUCAAUUCAAGUUUGACUGGAAAAUUUUUCAACAUUCUGCUAACUCAUUCGUAAUGUUGAGUCGAUGGUUUGAAGCCAAGCUAUUAAUCGUGAUGUGUUUCCUGCAGGUGAGUCUCCAGGUGAACUUUGUGACGAGUGUGUUUGGGUUUUAUUUUGAAGGGCAACAACAGAGUGUCUUUUUUGUUCUGACAAGUGAAUGUCAUUCAAAGGUGUAUGACAUCACCUGUGACACAUCAGAAGAGGGAAGGGCUUUAGCUCAAACUGUCAAGGCACACCACCUGAUUUCUGCUGCAGCUGAGACACUUUAUACAAAAUCUGGAACUGAUCCAGUCUGACCCAGCCUACACUGGUUUAAACUGGACAGGACUGGUUUUGACUGGUUGAGACUGGUCUGAUGUGGACCGGGUCAUACAGACUCUUGAGGUUUGGACUAAAUCAAAGUAUUUUUGUAGAAAC